AUGACGACGACCAAAGUCGGGCAGUUCCCGUCGUUGGAAUUGGAGCGGAGCGAGAGGGAUGUGGUUCGUGGGCGUGCAGGAAGUGUGCUUGCUCGUGGACUUGUGCUGAAAACGGACCAGCGCGUAGAUAUGCGGGAUUGGUCCAGCGAGUAUGCACUUCAACUCCAGGGUGCGCCGUACUUUCGCGCGGCGAACCUCGACGUUGGAGUGUAUGGACUUGCACAACCAAGUAUCCUUGGGCUAAAAACAGUGCUUGCGCUCUUGCAAUGUCAGCCUGUGAGCAUGUUGGCGAGCGCCAAGAGUAACGCAGUCGAACAACGAUGUAUUUGGGUGUGCACGCGCGAGGAACCAGUUAUCUACGUGGGCGACAGGCCGUUUGUAUUGCGUGAGGCGAACCGCCCCAAGUACUCUUUAGGUCUCAGCAAUCGCGCCGAAAACUUGGAGGCGAUCGAGGAGCGGCUGAAACAAGAUAUUUUGCAAGAGGCACGCAAGUUUAACGGCUUGCUUUUGGUACACGACGAAAAGCUUGAGAGUUUAGACUUGGUGCCUACAUGGGUAGCUGUAAACGAAGAGGAGGUGCGAACUGUGCGCGAAGUGUGGGAAUCGAUACAAAAGAAAGGAUGGCGCGUGGACUACCAUCGUUUGCCCAUCGCGCGCGACCAGCCGCUGGAGCACAAUUAUCUCGAUGCGUACACACAAGUGAUCAAAGGAACCGACCCUCGGCGGACUGUAUUUGUGACUAAUUGUGGUGCUGGCAUUUCCCGCACCACAUUUGCCAUGAUCGCCGCGGUGAUUGUGCGCAGGAGGCAGCUCAUGCUCUUGGCAAACGACGAUCCAUUUGAGCACGGCGACGGAGACGAGCACGAGGAAACAAAUGCAGCCCACUCGAGCCAACUGGCACACUCGCUACAACGGCUGCACAUGAAUGUUGCGAAAAACAGGUCUUUGCUCCAGCUCGUGUGUGUAAUGACGGAUGUGCUGCCACUGAAAAAUACGCAGACUGCACUGGAACAACUUAUCUCGCACCCUGUGCUGCUUGAGUCGUUGCUUCAGGCGAAUAUGGGUCACUAUGGUGUUAUACGCAGACUUUGCGGUCUGUUGGACGAAGGACUGCAGUGCAAAGCGGUCGUAGACACCGCAAAUGAUGCGUGCCAUCAAGCGAUUAAUCUGCGUGAAUCCAUUUUAGAAAACCGGAUCAAGUACUCUGCAAACCAGAAUGCACAGGACGCCGAAGGAUUUUUGAGCCGUGCGGGAAAAUCACUCGAGGUGUACUACUCACUGAUUGCUUUUGCAAGCUACGUGCGCGAAAGCCGCACCGCCGUGUUUCAGCACCGAUUCGUCGACUGGCUCAAGGACCGCGCGGAAAUCUGGCGCGGUAUCCAGCGUGUCCGCAUGUUGCACCAGCACCUGUCCAUCUUUGAGCCCGUGUCUGACGUCACAGUCGAGAGCAAUGGCGAUGCUGAACAGCUCGGUGUGCGCUCGCAUGCGCGCUUUAAUGAAGGUGCAAGUCAAGCGCCGCUCACCACUGGCGACGAGUUCACCGAAUUUGUGUUGCGUCAUCGCAGUGGCAUUGUAUUGCAUUCGGGACUGCUGCUGAAGCGCGACAUUUGGCGCGAAUUUUCUGUGCAGAAGGAUUCUGCGCAGCAAGAUGCCACGGUCAACUUUCGGCAGGUACCGGAGACGAACAUAUUUGGUACAGGGCAGCCGUCGGUACAAGGCAUUUACAAGCUGCUAAAUAUGGUCAUGAAAAGCAUGCACAUGGUCGAGACAGAGCCGUGCGCCAUCACCUGGGUCAAUUUGCGAGAAGAGCCGCUGGUGUACGUCAAUGGCCAGCCGUAUUGUUUGCGCCAGCGCGAGCUCUCGCUUCGCAAUAUCAGGGACUAUAGCGGCAUUAUACCAGAGCGCCUGGGGCAGCUCGAAGAUCGCUUGCGCCAGGAUGUGAUCCAUGAACUGAAAAACAGCGACGGAAAGUUACUGCUGCACACAGAGACAAAAGAAGGCUCUAUCGUGCCGCUUUGGGAAGAUGCAAAACCAUGCGACAUAGCCACGGUGCAAGGCGUCAUGGAUGAGGUGGCCAAAACACUCCCUGGUCACAUUGACUUGGUUUUCCGCCGCGUCCCUGUCACUGCGGAAAAGUCGCUCGAAGUGUCGGACGUGAUGGAUAUGGUUAACAUUGUCCUGUCUGCCUAUCGAGUGCACUCGCCCAUUAUUGUAAACUGCCAGCUGGGGCGCGGACGUACCACCUUGGUGUCUGUCUUUAUUAUGCUGAUUGAGCGCUGGAUACAAGUGGAACGGCCUUCUAACGAUCGAUGCCUGCUUUUGCCCAUCCCAGGGAUGACGGAAAAUGGCGAGCGCCCCGAAAAGCGACUGAGCUACCAUGUGACAAACGGUCUUUUGCGCGUGAUUCCUCGCGGCCUGGAAGUGAAACGCAUCGUGGAUGAAUGCAUCGACCACUGCAGCAGCAUUACAAACUUACGCAAAUCCAUUGAAGACGCGCGUGUUGCUGCGGUAGAGGCCAAGACGAACGAGGAGCGCAAGCAGCAUCUUGCGAGCGGUUUGCAGAGCCUGCGGCGCUAUUUCCACCUGCUACUCUUCCAGGCGUACUUGGAAACGGUCCGGUUCGACACGAUUACCACCCAUACUUUGGAGCGCUUCAUCAAGCGGCAACCUGUGCUUGCAACCAUCGCGAAAGACUUGGAUGAAGGGGACAUGAACACCAUCACUCCUUUGCGCAAAAUGGACAUUGGCGAUGGCAUGGCGCUAAGUGAUGAGGUGCGCGAAGUAGUGAGCAACCGGAGUGGGAGUGUUUUGGGCCCUUACACCAUGCUCAAGUCUGACUUUUUUAGCGGCAUCCUCAAAGCUGGUCUUCCGCUCCGCGUUGAAGGCAUGCCAAAUUUACGCGGCGUCAAUCCCUUGGUGCCGCUUGGGACAUUAUCUUGCGCACCCCCUGCAUCCGAAUUACCGACAGCGAGAAAGACAUGGGGCUGCGGAAUGCCUACCGUUGAAGGGCUUCGGCGCGGACUAAAAUGCAUGGGCGCAGAGCCAGGCGGUACACAGCAGGUGGUAUGGACCAAUUUGCGCGAAGAGCCGGUUCUUUACGUGAAUGGACGUCCGCAUGUUUUGCGGCUAGCAGACCAGCCAUUGACGAACGUAGAAGCGACGGGCGUAACGACGGAUGUGGUGGAACGCAUCGAGCAGACGCUCAAGAAGGAGCUUCUUGCCGAGGCGCAUUUGCGCAACGGCCGUGUAUUGCUGCACGACGAAGUGCAAAGCGACGGCGGUGACUUUGAAAUAUUUCCUCUUUGGGAGUCUGUGCGCGAUGAGGACGUACUUACACCGCAAGAGGUGUACCAAUUGGUAUGCAGCGAGGGCUACCGUGUCCAAUACAGCCGCGUGGCCAUCACGGAUGAGCAAGCACCUGUUCCCCAAGUCUUUUCGCAGCUGGAGGAUCGUGUGCAGCGCGCGAUUGACACGCGGUCCAUGACAGUGUUCAACUGCCAAAUGGGCCGCGGCCGUACGACCAGCGGCAUGAUUAUUGCUGCUUUGAUUGUCAGUAUCAACCGCUACGGCGCCGCGUGGCUGAGCAAAGAAAGUAGCCCGCCGCUUGCGAACAAAAAUGACGCCGUGUUCGACCAAAUGGAGGACCAAGAGGGAAUCGAUUUGCGCGAAGAUGAGCUAUUACUGCACGGAGAUUACCGAAGUAUCCUCCGGCUCGUGGGUGUAUUGAGCCACGGGAAACUGGCCAAGACUUUGGCAGACCGUGUGAUUGACCGUAUGGAAGCAGUGCAGAAUUUGAGGAACAGUGCAGAACCGCACUCAAAGCGGCAACAACAGCUGCGCACUGUGUUUCACAAUUACCUCGCUCGCUACGGCUACUUUAUUGUCUUUGCAGACUAUCUAUUUGACAGGCUUGGCCACAGCGCCGCGGCGCAGGGCGACCAAGAAGAUGCGCCUGCAACAGAGACCCAAGCUCGUGCUGUGCCUGUCGAUGUCAGCGACGACUUGGACCUGUCUUCUUCUUCCAUUACACACGCAAGCCGCACAUUCCCAACCUUUGCGUGCUGGCUACGGGAACGGCGCGAGAUUGGUGCGAUUUUCGCACAGCAGAAUCUCGAUUAG